GUUUCAUCAAAGCAAGUGCGACUUGUUUACAUACGUGAAAACGUAGAAGAAUUUGAGCUAUUUUAAAAGUCAUGUGUUAGAAGUUGAAAUGAAAAUAUUUUGAAGACACAAUGGGGCACGGAAAAAAAGUAAUCGUUCUUCAGAAUUUGGGAUCAACUUUGUCACCCAACAAAAGAUGUUCGAAAUCCUACCGACCAAAUGGAGUCCAAUCACAGCUUCUUCCUCCAACAUUUAUAUUAUCUCCACGAACUGGAAGGAUGUUCAUCAUGCCGUAUUCAUCCCUGUCAUGGGGAUUAACUGUGGAGGCGCUAUGACCAAAGCUGAGGCUUUUCCACCAUUGCAUGCAAUUCAUCACAACGACAGCAUUCAAGAACAGAGUACCGACCACGUUAGCGACGUUCCCAAGCAUAUAGACCUCAUGAAGCCUAAAUCAAGACCAUCCAAAAACUCAGGAGAAGAGACCGCCGAAUUGUUGUUAAAGAAACCAACCAGCCGAUCUUCUGAGGAUCCAUUUAAGGAACUGGUAAUUGGAUAUCAGAGACAGGGGACUCGUCCCAUAGGACAACAUCGUCAUGAUGGAGCUAGGGAUGUCGAUAUUGAUCAGGAUUUUGAAUACUUCUUAAAAGAGGAACAUCCUUCCGACUCCAAAGGACACAGGCGAUACUUUGAUCUACACGAAAGGGGGUCCAUAUUGGACAAGCGGUCGUCAAAACGUUUAUGGACAGAGGAAGCCAUUAAGGAAGGCAAAGAUCUGUAUCAUUGGCAGCCGGCCGACGAGCAGGAAAUUCAAGAUGCCGUCCAUAGAAAUUUCAAAGGACGCUACCUCGUACGCAAGAAGGACCAAGCCAUCAAACACCUCAUGGAAGAAAAGUUAUUGGGGGCAUCAAAGAAGACCUACAUGCAUCGAAAACCCAAAACUCGACGCAGACACAGAAAAUCCAAACAAGCAGAAACUUCAGAUGGUGUUCCUGCAGCUCAACGUCAACGCAGACAAUGGAACAUCCGGUCGAGACACCACUUCCGGUCUUUUGACUUCCGACGACUGAGACGAAAGCCUAAAGUCUUUGACUUCAUUUUCGAGAAGAUGAAGCCGUGCUUUAAGGACAGACGCCCCCGAUCGGAUUCUGUUGGUUAUGACCAUUUGGAGACGGACGAGCAGGAUGCAGAACAUGAAGUCUUUGCCCAAGAAGAUGUGCUGGAGAACUCUGAUGGUGUUCUCACUAACGCAAUGGUUACCGUUGAGCAGGAUGCGGUAAACGUUUCUGUGAAUCAAGGAAUGACUGAACUUGAAGUAGGAGCAAUAGAAACCAAAAUUGUUUCCGAGGCUUCUACAGUACUUCCGGAUGGUGCUUUGAUUCACUCAGAAGAGGAGCUAAUUUCUGUCCGAAAUAUGGUCGUCCAAAAGGAAGAUAACUCUGUGGAUCCUUCCGUCGAUCAGAGGGAUCAAGUCAAAGAAUAUCCAACUCAUUCAGGGGAUGACUUGGAAAGUUCUUCAAUAGUGGCAAGGAAAUCUGUUUCUGGAAUACCAGCCAACCACAAUGUACCCCACACACCAAAAGUCCUCGAGAAGAAGCAGUCCAAAACAGGAUUCAACAUUUAUCAGGACAUGAAGAAAGUGACACACCAGAUCAUAGGAAACCAGUCCAGAAUUCCCGUUUCCAUUGCCAAAAACGAAUCCUCAGCGGGUCAGCACGGUAUUCUCAUGGACAAACAGAAUGUCAAACUUAAUCUCAUAAAGACGAUCAAAUCCAAAAUGUACUCCAAAAUCCCCGUGGCGGUCGUACCAGUUCCAAUGCGUUGUGCUCCACAACCAAAGACACGGUCUUCGGGAACACUGACUGGUCGCCCUGGUGCAAACCAAGAGAACAUGACCUCAAAACCAUCAAGUAGAUCACAGGAGGAACCCAGAGCAGCUCGUAAGACGAAACCGCGACGGACAGCGGAUCAGCGUAAGAGAGGAAUACCACAAAGAGUCUUUCUACAGAGGGAAAAUUAGGAGUUUAAAGCUACAAGAUUGUUCGCUUAGCUUCUUUUGUCACCUGUGCUUUGUAUUUUUGGGGUAUUGAUUGCACUAGCUGAUGGAGAUCAGUUUUGGCUACCCGAAACACCUUUCAUACGUGCACUACCUGUUCAUGUACAAUAUUAGAAGUACAUGUAUACAAUUAAUAUAUACAAGCGAAUUCCAACGUCAUAAUAUCCAUACUGUUGUGUUUUAUUGUAUACGAAUAGGAUGUCGAAUUUCAGUUCUGAAAAGUGGUACAGAUAGUUGGCAUUGAGCUCCAGCAGCUGGUGAACCAACUUAUUCUGCAACUUUAUGCAUUAAAAGAAGCCAAAAUGCAAUGGCUUCUUGGAUUUUGUUUUGUCCAAAUUUUUCAUCCAAAAGUGCUGUGUAUUACAUUUUUUGCAAUUUUUGUUUAUUAUUUAUUUACAUCUGUAUUUUUCACAUAAAAUUUUAAAAAUCAACAAAAUGUCUACUAUAUUCUCCCAACAUUUUAUGUUGAAUUUGGAAUGUCACUAAAGCAUGAGUCGGGGACUUCCUUUCUUUUGGUUGUCACAAAAAUAUCCAUAGGAUGUAAAAAUUGCUUUGAAUUUACCCUAUCUGCUUAGAAUUGUUCGUUCGAUUGCACAAAUCACACGUCUGU